AUUCACUCAGUGUGGCCCGACUUCAGCCCAUGACCAGAUCGAGCCACGAGCAACACGCGUGGCCGGCCAUGUCUACUCCGGGGGCAGUGGUGCUGGAGGAGAGCCUGGCGUGCCCGGUUUGCCUGGAGACGUUCCGGGACCCGGUGACGUUGCCGUGCGGACACAACUUCUGCCUGGCAUGCAUCAGCAGCUGCUGGGAGGAGGAACGGGACGAGCGGGAGGGGGGAGACACAGAGGGAGGGGGCGCCCUGGCCGACGGUUGCAGGUGCCCCGAGUGCCGGCGGCAGUUCAGUCCCCGCCCGCCGCUGGCCAGGAACAUCCUGCUGUGCCGUAUUGUGGAGGGGAUGGCAGGGGGCAGCUGCCGGGGGGAGGAGACUGGGCUAGUGCCCAACACCAGCCCUGGCCGCCCCUCCUCACCCUUACCCUCGCCCACCCUCCCCCUCCACCCCCUGCCCGCUCCCUGCCCGACCCACGGCUGCAACCUCCACUACUGCCCCAUCAACGGGGCAUGGGUGUGUGGUCUGGGCCGGGGGGGGCUGCUAGCAGGGGGGAUCAUCACUGUGGAACAGGAGGCGGCUCAGAUCAGGGGCCAGGUACGUCAGCGCCUGGGGGAGGGGGAGCGGGAGCGACAGGUGACCCUGGGGGAGAUGGACAAAUUGCAAGACAGCACCCAGCUCUUCCACGGCUUUCACGAGGGUGUGCGGGCAGACGUGCAGCGGCAGCUGUCUGCGCUGGCGGCGCUGGUGAUGCGGCUGCAGCGGGAGGUGGGCGAGGCGGUGGGGCAGGAGCAGCGAGCUGGCCAGCUCCGAGCCCAGUCCGCCCGGCAACAGCUGCUGCACCGCUGCGCAUAUCUGACCCGGCACAGGCAGCAGUUGGAGGCGCUGAGUGGCCUGUCCGACCCCUACCAGCUGGUCCAGGAGUUCCACGUGGUGGGGGAGAGUGCGUACCCACGGCUGGAGCUGCCCCCGCCCGUGGCCCUGGCCCCCGACGGCAGAUUGGCCCAGUUGGGUGCCCGUAUCACCGCCCUGGUCAACGGCGUGCAAGGGCUGGCAAGGAGCGUCCGGCAGGAGCUGGGCACCACCGCCGGCACAGAUGACGAGCUGGAACAGGGCUGGUGUGAGCUGCAGCCCAUCCCAUGGGGCCCACUGCUGUUGCAGGAGACGGACAUGUGUCAGUACGGAGAGACGGACUGUCAGUGCCUGGGAAGGGCCUCAGCACACUCAUCGCACCCCAGCUUGAGCUCCCGCAAACGGCAGCAGAGUGCGGUGACCUGGCCAGAGGUCGGCGCGGCUGGGAGCGAGGGGGCGGAGGAGGGGGGGUCGUCGCUGGGCACCUCCGCCGGACCCCCCCGCAAGAGGACGAGGCUGCAGGAGGUGGCGAGGGGGUGCAGGGGCACCUGCUGCAGCCCCACCCACCCCAGCCAGCACCAUCACCAGCCCCAGGGGCCAGGGGGCACAGCGGGGGCAGGGGGCACGACCGGGGCAGAGGCUGGGGGACCAGAACUGUACGCAGUGCUCCAAGCAAGCGUGGUCCAUCCACCCCUGUCCCCGCCGUGCAGAGCGAGAGGACCCAAUGGUUGCAGCGAGGGACGCAGCGGUGCUGGCAGCAACAAUGCAGCGACUCGAGGGACCGAGCCGCGGGACUUCAAUGGGGCCGGGGGAGAGGGUGUAGGCACAUCUGUCCGGCCCCCGGGCCGCCUGGCUGGGGCGAGGCGAUGCCCCGAAGCCAGAUGUUGA